GGAGAAAAGAACGCAGAAGAGGGGAGCUGAGAAGCGAGAGGGAAGGGAGCCGGUGUCUAGAGGAGGAGCUGAGAGUAGAGAGGCGGCGGCGGGCAGGGACUCAGUCGGGCCGGGAGCUGACGGCCGCCGGAGCGGACUGCUGGCGGCGGCCCGAGCAGGUGCGGGAGCCACCUCCAGUCGCAGGGCGGCUGCCGCCGCGAGGCGGGGGUGCUCGGCUCUGCGCCCCGGCAGCCGCCCCCGGGCCCUAUGGUGCCGCAGCGGGACCUGGCUCCUGCUCGCUGCCUUCAGAAGCGGCCCGCGAAGCGGCGCGGGGCAGCGGAGCCCGCCAGCCCCGGCACUUGGCUGGCAUGAGGACCCUGCCGGUGUUUCUCCUCUCCCUCUGCUGGAGCCUGGGACGGGUGAAUGGUGUCCAUCCGGAAUGCAGAUUUCAGCUGGAGAUUCACAAGGAGGAAACAAGGUGCAUGGAACUUCUAAAGAAUGCAAAGCCAGUAGACUACAAAGGAUGUGUUGGAGUUUGGGAUAACAUCACCUGCUGGCGUCCUGCAAAGAUUGGAGAGACUGUCACUGUCCCUUGCCCAAAAGUAUUUAGCCUUUUUUCUGGCAAACCAGGAAACAUUAGCAAAAAUUGUACAAGUAAUGGGUGGUCAGAUAUUUUUCCUGACAUCUUAAGUACUUGUGGAUAUAAUGACUAUGAAGAUGAUUAUAAGGUCAACUUCUACGUAAGGGUGAAGGCAAUUUAUACCCUUGGACACAGCGUAUCUCUGAUUGCUCUUACAACAGGGAGUAUAAUUCUUUGCCUUUUCAGAAAACUUCAUUGCACUCGGAACUACAUCCAUCUGAACCUGUUCCUCUCUUUCAUUCUGAGAGCAAUCUCUGUUUUAGUCAAGGAUGAUAUUCUCUAUUCCAGCUCCAACACAGCUCACUGUCCAGAGGAUCAAACCUCAUGGGUGGGCUGCAAGGCUAUUUUGGUGUUUUUUCAGUAUGGUGUUAUGGCAAACUUUUACUGGCUCUUAGUUGAAGGACUUUACCUUCACAUCCUCCUUGUGCUGAUAUUCUCCCCCAACAGGCAUUUCACAAUCUACCUGCUGAUUGGAUGGGGAAUUCCUACCAUAUUCAUUAUUACGUGGACAGUGACACGAAUUAUUUUAGAGGACACUGGUUGCUGGGAUACAAAUGAGCAUGGUGGUCCCUGGUGGGUUAUACGAAUACCAAUUUUAAUUUCUAUUAUAGUGAAUUUUAUACUUUUCAUUAGUAUUAUAAGAAUCUUACUGCAGAAGUUACGAUCUCCAGAUGUUGGAGGAAAUGACCAGUCACAGUACAAGAGACUUGCAAAAUCCACGUUGUUGCUUAUUCCAUUAUUUGGAGUUCACUACACAGUGUUUGCUCUAUUUCCUGACCGCAGUUCCAAUUAUUAUAAAAUAAUCUUUGAGUUGUGUUUGGGAUCUUUUCAGGGGUUGAUUGUUGCAGUCCUGUAUUGUUUUUUGAACAGUGAAGUGCAAGGGGAGCUGAAGAGAAAAUGGCGGAGUUUGUGCUGGAAGCAGACAGCAGGCAGAGAUUACAGACUCCACAGCUCCUCGAUUUCUCGGAAUGGAUCAGAAAGCAUUUCUCAGCUCCACCGGAAUUCAAGGGCUCACUCAUUUAUGCAGACAGAGACCACCAUGAUAUAAAUAAGCUAGGUCCCCCCCAAAUCAUGAGACACUGUGAGAUAUAUCAUUCAUUAUGCAGCUUGAUGUGAUACUUUAGAAAAUGUACAGUUUAGUGCUUUGCUUUUCAACAUGUUGGCAUGUGGGAAAUUGGUUUGUGCAGCCAACCAGUUAACAACAGAGACACCUGCCUCAUGGAUGCUUUCUGGGUUUUUUUUGAAUGGUAUUUGUAUUAAUUCUAAUGUUCUCUUGCUGUUUACUAGCCAUAACUGUUCAAAAACUCAUUUACUAUAAUGGUCCCUUUACCCUUCAAUAUUUCUGCCAUUGAACAUAUGCUGUUCAAUGUAGACUACUUUGGUACAUGCUGAAAAGGUUAAGAUGGGAAGCAAGAAAAUUUCUUACACUUUAUUUAUACUUAAGGAAACAUUUAUUUCCUUAAGGAUUAGGAAAUUCUUUCCCAAUUAUGGAAAACAGAAUAAAAACAAAGAAAUGUAAGAUUAUGAUUAACCACACUAGGUGUUUAGUGUGCUAAUCCAGGAAAUAAUGAACAUUAUGUAUACAGGCACAAAAAGGCAGGCUUUUCGAAAAGAAAAACCCGGGCUAAUUGUGUAAUGACUUUCUACAGAGUUUGAUUUCAAUCCUAUUGUUCCUUUCAAAAGUGCCUGGUUUUCUGUUUAGAUGCAGACAGUAGGGCUAGCUUCGCAGUCAGAAAAGGCUACUGUAAUAGUUUUGAUUAAAACAUCACCAUUUUCCAGUAGUGCUGUUGCAAUGACCAGUUUUUCUCUUCUUUUUAAAAUCAGAGAUUUGUGUUGAUCUUUUAUUAAGCAAUUUUCUGAAGGGACGGUUUAUUGCUACAGCAGUCAAGCAUAGGAUAAACAACUUUGGAUAGCAUAUUACCCAUUGAAAAUAUAUUUUUAUGUAAUAUUUUCAUUUAAAUAUGUCUUUAGAACCACAUACUUGGCAGCUAAACCAAGGAAUAUUGCAGUAAAGUUACAGCUCCCAUUUAAGGAAUAAUGUAAAGUAUUUUAUCUUAAUUCUAUUCUGUAUUUAUCUGAGCUGAUUUAAAAUAUAGCCCUGACCAUGACUCCAGGAAAAAAAAAAAAAAUUAGAAUCCCUAAAAAUUACCAUAAAAGGCAUAAAUAGAAGGAAUUCUCAACAAGGCCAAGCCUCUUAUGUAGCCACUUUGUAAAAAAAACCCAAAAGACAUUGAACUGACAAACUGACAGAUUCUUACAAAUAUGCACAGGACAUUUGCACUCUAAAAGAAAUAAACCAAAUGAUGUUUAGUUUCCAUGUCAUAUUUAACUAUGUCCACUUUUAAUGGCAAGUGGGAAUAAUAUAUAUUUGCAUGAGUUCCACUGAUCCGUAAAAGCAAUUGCCCUCAUACUUCUCGUAACAGAUUGUAUGGAGCUAGCAGAACCCAAGGUCCUUGAUACUGCCAGGUAGAAGGAAGAACAGGAGCAAAGGCAUGUCUUGACAGGCAUGUACAUUCUUGAAAAUAUAACCAGUACUGGGAAUAUUGUUGGCAGCCAUCAAACUGUCCAUACACCUCUCGGUCUGAUUUAAUUUAGAUUUUUAUCAGUCAAACACUAUUUAUUUUAGUGGCAUUACCCUGGAUUAAUACAAAGUCAUGUCAGAGCAAAGAUAGAAAAGGUCCCAUGGUUCACAUGAGUACUACAGAAUGAGUAACAUUGUAAAUGUUAUAUGACACCAGCCUUUUUGUAGUAGAUAUCAUUUGUGUUAAACAAUGAUCAGAUCACUUGAUGAAUUGUUACUUUGCCAAAUUUGACUUUAUCACCUCCAGUCACUCAGAGUGUUUUCUGCUGUCACUUGGUGAAGUAACUAUGAGAUUCUGGAGUGGAGUAGGCUAUCCAGUGACAGUCCCAUGGGGACUAAAGAUUUAAAGAUACAUACAUGUAUUUAAGUAUAUUCCCAAAGGCUUUAGACUCAGAAACCACUGCUAAACUUUAUUCUUUUUUCUGGAUCUCUGAACACUCUUAUCAACAACGUUUUAACUGCACGUAUAUGAAGACAUAUCAGAGCUUUGGGGGCUGCUCCUAUACCUAAAUUAAAGACAUCUGUGCUUCUUUGUCUGAAGUGGCAUUGGGACUGCUCGGCUCCCUGAGACGAGACAUGUAGAAUGUACUUUUUUCCCCAGGUUUCUUGGGUAGAAAGGCAUGCUUGACACGAAUUCAAGCAUACUCAUCUUUAUGUUCAAAGGAAGUUCUUUGAGUGAGUUGGCACACAAACAGAAUAAUAGUCUAGAAACAGAGAUUACAAGCAAUCAGUUCCAUCAGUCUGUCUGCAUGAUGCAUCACCAAUUGUUUAUAAUUCGUUGUAUCCUAGAGAAAACUAUCUUUGCUCUAAUUAGGUGAGCAUGGAGAAAAUUGCAUUUUAAUGAUUUCUGGAUUAUAAACCAGAAAAGCUUAAAUAAGAAAAUGCAUCUUAAGUUUCAAUGAAACAGCGGUUUCUGUUAACAGGACGCAGAUGAAUUUGAACUGGAUUCUACUUUUUGCAUAGGGAGUAAUGACAUUAAAGACAACGAAGUUGCAUCAGCCAGGGCAUCACCAUUCAUUCUGAGUGAUUCUGUCAGCAUUACCUGCUGCCAAUGUCUGAGAGACAUAGAUUACUCUCCAGUCACUAACCAUGAUUAAAAUAUAAAUAUAUAGUGAGUGCUGACUUAAAUUUUUCGCUGCAGAGUCCAUUUCUGCUAAGUGCUCAAUAAGCUCAGGUAAAAUUCAUCUGCCCUGGUUUCAGUAUCUAAAAGCUAAAUGUCUGUCUCUGAGCUAAAGACUCUUUUUCAGUGCCUUCCAUAGUCAUCCUAGGGACACAGGCACUAGUUGAAGAUGAUUUGUCCCAGGUUCAGCUGGGCAUCUAAGGUAGGUAAGCUGAAACAUCCUUUUUCUCUAUACUUACUAUAAAAUGAACCCAGGGUGGCUGGCUAGUACUUACAUUUCUUACUCAAAUUAAGUAAGAUGAAUUAAGUAAGAGGAAUCUCUACAGAAAAGAUUUGAUGUUUGAUUAUCUGGCUAAUAUUACCCAGAUACUCCUUUUUGAGCCAGGUAACCUGUAUUGGCCAAAGUUACUCUCUGAGAAAUGUGUAGGGUGAUUCAAAAGUGCAGGCAAUGGAGGAUUCCUCAGUUCAUUUGGAAGGGCUUCCCUUGGCUGACUGCCUUCUCUGACAAAACCAGUAGCCUUAUGUUCCAUUUUGGUCUGCCUGGCUUCAGCUUCCAACAAUUUUUUCUUGCUUUGGGUUAGGUGUUUUGCUUUUUGUCUUUUGCAGAGGAGCCAUAUGGUAAAACAAAGUGCUUUAGACUACCAAAAAUUUUCUUUAUGUGAAGUCUUUUGAAAAUUACUCGUUAAAUCAUGUUUUGAUUUCCUCUCUGAGAAACUAAUGACAAAUAUUUCAAAUUCUGGUAGCAAGGCAUUUUCUCAGAUAUUCUUCUUGAUUCUCUUCUGUGUCCACUCCACUCAUAAUACCUUCAACCAAAAGAAGCAAAGAAAUGCAUACACCACUGACCGUAUUUCUUACUCCCAUUUGCAGCUCAGCUGGUCAUACCUUUGAAGUCUUGGACUUAACACAGUCCUUUUCACUGACCAGGAACUGUCAGGUGUCAUGCAAUGGGAUUAUUGCUAACAUGGUUUUUGCCAUAUAAACUUAUACCUUUCUAUAACAUGUUGGCCUUGGUGUCUGGGUCAGGUGCAUUAAUGUGCUUUGCAAAAUAACUUUAGGAAUAUGGAGAGUGCCCAUUUAGCCAGAGUGCUGGCUUUCAUGAAAGUUUAAGAAUUUGACGUAUGUAAGUGAGAACUCCAUGCAGUCUAUCCUGGAGUGCAUGAGAUUCCAACAGUUGCACCUGAAACGCAUGGUGAUGGGUGCUGCAGGUACCCAGCUGAGGAACUACCCAGUUUAAGCAUAUGUUGAAACUGUACUGUAGCAGUGGUAACUAAUUGGAGGCAAAAGGCAUUACAAAAAGCCUUCUCCAGUCAAGCUGGAGGCAGCCUGCUUCACUCUGUAGCACCUACUUCAUGUCCUGAUUCACCCCAGGCAGGCUCCCUUUGCCUUUGACAUGGUGAAGGGGAAAGCAACAGGCACAGACCCUCAGCAAACCAGAGAAUCUGUCUGGAACAGCUUUAUGAAAUAAGGCAUUGCCAAGCAAAUAUCUCACACUGCAUGUGUAAAGACUGAUGACUCACUUGCGUUAUUUGUCUCCUAUUUUAUGAGUUCUAAAAUCAUCCUCUGUUGACUGUGAAUUUGUCCAUUUCAGCAAAGCAAAUGUGAACAAAGUCUAAAUUCACUUAAUACAGAUCUUUUUCAGACAUCUCUAAUGAAGAAUCAAGCAUCAAAUAUGACUAAGAAAAAGGAAGAACGACAAGUAACCUGCAGAGAACGCUGCUAUGUAUAUAAGGGGUAUUGUCCAAGCAAUUACUGUCUGUGCAUAGUGAUACAGGAAAUACUUUUACUAACAUAAGUACCUUCACGUUACCAUGAGUGCCUAUAUAAGCUGCUGGCUGUCAGUACAACCCUGACAUAACCAAAUGGCAGAAGUCAGUACGCAGUGCUAUUCUGUUGAUGAAAAAAAAUAACAACAAAAAGGUGUUCUAACAUGUAUGUUACAGAGUACAACAGGAUGACAGUUAAAAGCAGGUUUUCUUGAUACGGUUUAACCACCUUGUGUUGAACCUGGUUCCACCCAAUAACAGUAAGUAGUUAAAUCUAAGUCAGUAACAUUUCCAUUGUCAGAUAAACCAGUGAUUAAAAUGUCCCAACCCCUUUUAUUUCCCAGAGCACUCUAGUAAGUUUAUGAUAACCUGCAGCUUUUUUUUCCUGGCACAUUAGUAUGAGUAUUGCUUUGAAAUGCUUUUUUCAUCUUUGUGGAUAACUUUUUAUCUGUCAAGUAUGAUAAAAGUUAAAGAAUAUGUAAAUGAAUGUGAUUAUUUUUUACAACGUGUACAGACCAUGAUGUUGUAUAGAUUAAUGUGUGUAAAUAGAUUUCAUACUGUAAUUCGGUAUACUUCUGGUUUUGCUCUUUUGUUCUUUUCUGUUUUCAGUUUUUACUGUCACAUACCUAACAGCCUUCUCUGAGAUAUGUUAUAUAUAAAGCUGUGAACAAAUGUUUACAUCUUUAUGCUGUUAGUCAUAAUAGUAGUUAAUAACACCCAUAAUAGACUGAAGAGAAAUCAGAGAAUAAAAAUUUUAAAAGUUUUGCACAGAAA